UAUUGCCAAACCUGCAAAGACAGGGCUGUACUGAAUGCAACGUAAUUUUGACCCAUGUUCCAUUAGCUGAGCGGCCCUGAGGGCACGAGGCUUCCGCGCGGGACUGUAAUGCUACACUGUCCUCCCUCUCCGGCCAGUUCAUCCUCAGCAGCGCAGAGCUAUGGACCUGAAACCGUAGUGCUCCUCCAACACAGCAUAUCUGCAGUCACCUGCGACUCCAAUAGGCAAUCAAUAUUGAUAGAGUAUUUGUGAGGAUUACAGCCAUAAGGCAAUACGUCGCGGGGGGAAAGGCUGGAAUUAUGAAGCGCUGUCAACAUGUCUAAGGCCACUGUUAAGAAGCUGCACUGGCGCUCGAAAGUGCAGGAGAGCUUCGUCCCACUGGGCGGAGCCUCGGGAGAGCUUGGUGUGGCCAUUGGAGGUGGUGCAGAUUAUGGAGAGUUCCCAUUUGUUACAGCAGCACCUGGGGGUGGAGCCACUGUUGGUGACAUCAUCCUAGAGAUUGGGGGUACGCCUGUCCUGGGAUUGACCUUGGGAGAUGUAAGAGGGGUUCUGAACUCAUGUCCACAUCCCAUUCGGAUCAAAACCGUCUUACCAGGCUCGACUCUCUGUAAGGAUCUGAGACUUUACCUGAGCAAGUGUUUUACACCCGGAUCAAUGGACAGCCAACUCCAACAGGUCAUACGAGAGAACCUCUACCUGCGCGCUGUGCCCUGUACGACCAGGCAACCACGGGAUGGAGAGAUCUCAGGAGUGGAUUAUAACUUUGUGUCCAUUGAGGAAUUCUUCUCCCUGGAAGAGUCUGGAGCCCUGCUGGAAAGUGGGAAGUUCAAAGGUAACUAUUAUGGCACUCCUCGGCCGGUCCAUAUCGGUCCUGACAGCCCACCCAUUACGUACCAGGAACAUCGAAACCUUCUGAGGAACUUUCGUACCCGCAGCAAAUCGCUCAGCAACCUGGAAAAGGCCGUGGAGGAAGGUGACAACAGCGAGGAAGACUCUGGUCUAUCAGCGGGGUCUGCAGGAGCCAGCAGUGCCCCUCCCACCACCAUUGUCUCACCUAAUCAGACUUGGGACUCAGGCGGUGGGCGGGAUGGAGGGGUUGCCAUGGAGAAUGGAGCACGUGGAGGGGCUUUGCCUGAAAACUGGGAGCUGGCGUUCAGUGACACAGGCGAACCCUAUUACAUCAACCAUAACUCAAAGACCACGAGCUGGCUGGACCCAAGGACUCAGGGCAAAGAGAUUGUCAGCAAGACGGAGUUACCUGCAUUCACAGACCAACCAUCUGAACUGAAGGGCUAUUCCAUACACACUCGCCUGUCGAAAGGGCCUCGUGGGUUUGGCUUCAACAUUGUGGGUGGCAGUAGACCUCGGGAGUUCCUGCAGGUGUACAGCGUCACCCCAGGAGGCCCUUCUGCACUCAAAACAGCGGACAUCCUGGUGUACAUUAAUGACUCAUGCGUGCUGGGUCUGUCCCAUAAAGAAGUGGUAGAAAUGCUGAAAUCCGUCCCCAUGGGUCACAGUGUGGAUGUGGUUCUUCGCCGAGGUUACCCCAUGCUCUACAACCCUGACGGCUGCCCCAAAACCAGCCUGUCUUCCCCUUCUGACCCAACCAGUGCCAACCCUGCAGCACCCAGUUCUGCUCAAUCCCAGGUUCAACAUCCUGAUGGACACCAACCUGGCUUGGUGAACCUCAAUCGCUCCAUGUCCCACCACAACAACUUCUACCCCCGCAUGCAGAAAGAGUCCUUGGAUGCUAACGGGAACACAGCACCCCAGCCUUCCUACUCAAUGGUCAAUGGAAAUGGAGUGGGAGGGACUAUAGGACUGGGGGCGGUGCCUUUAUCAAAUGCCCCUCCCCCAUCAGAGCGAAUGAGCUCUAGUCACAGCGAUACGGAGGUCAGCUCUGUUGUCACGCGCAGAGCUUCCCUUGUCCGAAGCUACAACAACAACACUCUUCCAGCUCCUUCUCAUGCCCAUCAUAGUUCCAAGUCUUCCGAGAGUGAUCUCUCCUCUGCUGCGCUCCCCCUGCCUCAGCCUGAGGUGGGUCCUACCGCCCCGCCACCAGGAGCGCCUAGCACCCAGCGGCCUCCCAUGCCCCAAACAUCUCUUGCCGUCGCACCCCCAACCGAGCACCCACCCUGUGGUUUCAACGGGUGUCCAGCCAACAAUCCCCCGCGACCUCUUCCGGGUGGCCUAGGGUCCCCCGGAGCCCCAGGUGGGGUAGGCUGCGGGGGAGGGGGUGAGCUGGUACCUGUGGCCUUGGGCAGGAGCGAGGGAGGGGGUAUGGGUUUCAGUGUGACGGCUGGGGGGCAAGGAGGGCAGCUGGCGGUGGUGAAGAGAGUCUGGGACAGACGACAGUGCCCCUCCUUACAGCCAGGGGAUGCCAUUAUUAAAAUCAAUGGCGCUGAUGUGCAGAGCCUCAGCUUCGCACAGGUGCAGCGGGUGCUGCAAGAGCAUACCAAACAGGGUGAGGUGGUCUUACUGGUUUACAGAGGAGGUCCUCUUUGCUCCCCAGGCUCUCCAAAUGCCUAUAAAAGACCUCCUCCCUCCCUGGGCACCCCAGAUCUGACCUCGCCCUCCUCCGAUGGUGCUGUGCCUAGCCAGAGUACCCUUUCUCCCUCCUCGCCCUGCGGUGACCUCCCCAACCUGGUCCAAAGCACCAGCUUCUUGGACUCAGUGCCCGUGACCCUGACCCUAGAGCCCCGGGACUGGUUAGGGGUUGAGGACGGACCUGCUCAGUGGACCCGUACUGCUGCCUCUAACCUCGGCGCAGUAUCCAAAAGCCAUGUAGAUGCGAGGGGAGUGGUCUCUUCCAGAGCGAUGGAGGUGGAGUUGAGACGGAGACCAGGAGAGGGAUUCGGGUUUGUCAUCGCAUCACAGGAUGUAGUGAAUGGAACCUCGUCUCUAGUGUCUCACAGGUUUGUGACGGUGCGACGGGGGAGUCCAGCGGCACGCAGUGGUCAGAUCCAGCCGGGGGAUCAGUUGGAGGCCGUGGAGGGCAGAUCAGUGGUCACGCUGCCUCACAGAGACCUCGCACAGAUACUGCGCAGAGCUGGAAACACGCUCAGACUCACCAUUAUACCACGCUCUCACACUAACAAUAAUCUGCCUGAAUACCCUGACUUUGAUGCCGAGAGCCGGUUAAGAAAAGGGCACCGAGCCAAGCAAAAGGAUUCCCAAUUUUAUAGCGUUGAUCUGGAGAGGGGACCAACAGGGUUUGGUUUUAGUUUGCGAGGUGGAAGCGAGUAUAACAUGGGUCUGUAUGUACUUGGUCUGAUGGAGGGCGGACCGGCCUCACGCAGUCAGAAAAUUCAGGUGAGUGAUCAGCUGGUGGAGAUCAAUGGAGACAGCACAGCCGGGAUGACACACAGCCAGGCCGUGGAGCAGAUCCGAAAGGGAGGAGCAUGGAUACACCUUGUACUGAAGAAAGGCAACGGAUAUGUGCCGGAUUAUGACCGUGAAUCUGGAGUUGUUUCCCCCUCCUCCCUCUUCUCCGAGGAGCCACGUGUGGCUGCAGUAGAUCGCUCUCCUCCGAGGAGCAGCAGAUUGUUGGAUGACAGUGGACGAGAGAGGAGAGAGAGGAGGGGGAAGGGAAGGAGGGAAUCGGAGGGAAGGAGCAGAGGAAGAGGAGCGGAGGAGGGCAAGCGGGGCCAGGCAGAGGAUGUUAGCACCGCUGGUAGCUCCCAGUCGGCAGGAAGAAGAAGAGAGCAACAGAUGCGUUCGCGGAGUUUACCUGGCACGUUGAGGGGCCAAGAGAGGCCGCGGAGAGAAGAGGUGGAGGACGGCACACGGGAGGAAAGGAAGGGAGAGGGGGAACGACGAAGGGGAAGGCAGAAAAGCAAGAGCAUGGGCGAGAGAAGACGAAAAGUGAAGGAUGUUAGUUCAGAAAGAGAAAACGAUCUCCCAGAGAGGGAGAAAGAGAGUGUCGGAAGAGAAAAGAGGGAUAACAACGGAACCAGCACAACGGAGUUCACACAGCGCGCACCUUUCUCCUUCCUCAUGCCUUUGGACAAUGACGAUGAUGGGUCAGGUGCAGAAUCGGCUCACAGCUUCUCUGAAGUCAGCGUGUCUGCAGCCAGCAUCGCAUUCUCGACUCAGUGGCCUCUGGAUCCUCCCCGCCCUCUACAGGCCCCUGGAUCUUCGACAGCACCUCCGGGACCCUGGCUAGUCCCCAGCCCUCACAAACUCUCUCAGGUUUUAGAGGGGAAAAGGCUGAGCCAGAAUAAGGGAGGACUGUGGUCCUAAUGCUAAUUCCCUUAAAAGGAUAGUUCACCUAAAAACUCGCACUCAUGUCGUUUCAAUCCUGUAUGAUUUUCUUUCUUCGGGGAGAAAUUUAGAAGAGUUGUACUGGCUGCUCUUUUCUACAUGAAUGAAUAGAAACUGAAGCUUUUAAACUUCAAAAAAAGAUGCAAUACCACCAAAAAAAAUGUUUUUAUAUGACUUGUGUACUAUAUUCCAAGUCUGCUGAAGUCAUAGGCUCUGUCCCAAAUGGGACCCUAAAGCCGCGUUCACACCAAGGAUGAAAAAUCUAACGAUAUCUAUAAAGUUUUAUUAAUCAUUCUAAUUCUGUGAGAAUAGUGGAGUCCACACCACAACUAUAACGAUAAUGAAGCGGGAAGAAUAUCAUUGGAAUCACUUUCAGAAUGUUUUUUUUUUUUUGAGCUGAUGAACAAUAAAAAACAUUGGCAGCCAACCAGAAUCCAUUGUGCUUUAAAGAGCUCAAAACACGACUUAAGUGAAACGCGUGAUUUAAUAAACAGAACGUCAUCAUCUGUUGGUGUGGAUGCCAAAUAUAGUUAUUGUUAUAGUUAUCUUUAUAGUUAUCGUUCUUGCUGUGAAUGUGCCUUAAGCCUUCGCUGUCUUCCUCCAAGUACACAGUUUUGUGACGUGAUGCCACUUUGACUGUCGGGUCGAAGACUGCUGUGGAGCUAGUACGGCCCGAUUCGAUUUUUGUGAAUCGAAUCAACUGAUUCAUUGAAAAAAUCUGACUCCUAAGAACAGUUUGUUAAUGAAUCAGACAUUGCUGCUUCUCUCAUUAAGAGAGCUAGGGCAGAUUUCAGUAAAUAGAGAUGCAGUCCCUUUUAUCUUUGUUCAGUGAAUUUUUGCAGGCAAAAUCCAGUCAUUUCAAUAGGAAUCCACGUGAUCAGGAAUUUCACAAAAAGGCCAAAAGAUUUCCCCACACAGGUUUUGCAUUUGGUUCAGUUGGUCAUGCAGACAAGGUUGACCAGCAGAAAGCUGCUUGGUUUAAAAGUGACUUCUGUGUGAGUGGUGUUUCAUUCAUCACUACACUGUUGACAGUAGACAAUGAAUCUAUUUUGCCUGCAAAAUUUCACUAAUGUGACCGCAGCUGAGAUAUUGGUUGUUUUUCACACAAAGAUAUUACAUAAGGGCUUUUCACACUUGAAAUAGUUAACCCUGGGUCAUUCUAAACCGCAGGUAAACAGAAUCCUGGGUUAUCUUUAUUCACAUUCCACACUGCUCACAAUAUACCCGGGGUUAACAGUUAAUCCUGGGUAUUAAUAAGCUGCUGUUUCACAUUGCACAUUUCUAAACCCGGGGUUAAAGUCCUUAUUUGAAUAUUCGCAGUAUCAGUGUUACUGACUGGACAAACGCAGCACGUGACCUAAUUACAUAAAGGCUUCUAGCAUUGCGCGUCGUCUGAUAACACAUUGCUGACUGUAAUAUCAAGUUUUUCUGAGUGAACUUUUCGAACUAUAAAGGUAAGAAUGAAACGGUCUCUUCUUCACUCCAAUUGUUGUUUUUUUUCCAUCGCGGUUUGACAUUUUUCCUAUCAAACACAGAAACGACUGCGGUGUUUCCGUGUCUGCCUAAAGCGCGUGAACAUAAGGCACGCGAUUGUUUGUCGGUUGCUAAGCAUCUAGUUGUAACCAUAGACAUCAUAUGAUGUCUAUGGUUGUAACCUUCUAACCAGUGUUGCCAAGUCCGCGAUUUUCCCGCGGAAUUGGGCUACUUUUACACUGUUGCCGCGGGUUGUUUUUAAUAUCUGUGGGUUGAAGCGACCCCAAAUAACAUGAUAUUUAGCUCCUGGGAUGCGCAUUUUACCAGGGAAUCCCGCCAAAAACGCGGAUUUUACCCCCCAGAACGCGAUUUUUUUUACCGUGGGUAAAAAAGGGGGGCGGGUCUUUGCGAAUGGUCAAAUGGGCGGGUCUUGUUUUGAAAACCUGGCAACCCUGAUUUUAACACCGCAUCAUUUCCCACACUGUACAAGUUUGGCACCGCAAAAGAGCACCUCUAAACCAAGGUUUCAUAACCCUGGGUAAAAAGCAGUGCUAACCCCGCAUCUAGAUUACAAGUGUGAAACGCUCCCUUACCUGGGGUUAAAAACGGUGUUUGGAACGACGAUAACCCGGGGUUAAGCGCAAUGUGAAAAGCCCUAUAUUGACUUUAUUAACAUAUUGACCGAAUACAGUUCUCAAGCUACUUUUAUGAUACUUUCAUGGUGCUUUUGCAUCUUUUUUGAAGCUUGUCUUCAAAAUUUCUCCUUUUGUAUUUCAUCGAAGAAAUACAGUCAUACACAACAUGAGUGUUAGUAAAUGCUGACAGAUUUUUUACUUGGUUUUGGGGGUGGGGCGGGGGUAAACUAUCCCUUUAAAUCUCUCUUCUCUUCUCUUUUCUCUCUCUCUCUCUCUCUCUCUCUCUCUCUCACACACACUCAUACAGCCUCUCCAGCUCCGUCUUUAUAUCUGUGGUUUUCAGUACACCACCAUCCUAUCAGUUCCUCUUCCGUCUCAAAUCCAUAUAUAAAUGGUCCUGUGUGUGUGUUUUAUUGGUAUCAUCCAGAUACCGCAGAGAUCUCCCAUCCAGGCCGAUCAAGACUUGAUUUUAUCGCCAUCUAGUGGCCAAGGAGAGAAAAUGAGCAAAUGCUUGCCAUUACGUUGUGGCUAGCGUGACAGUAACUGCAAGGUCAGUUAGUAUGCGUCUGAUUCAUGGUGUCCUUCAUAGCAUGUCUUUUUCAUGUCAUUUGACAUUUUUAUUUUGCAUAUUUUCCAUUUAUUUUCAUAAGAAUGCAACAAAAAUUCUAUUAUAAAAAAAAGAUGAUUUAUUUAAAACACGGUUGCUCAGUCGUGCCCCUGAAGAGCUACACUUCUGAAAGUAAACUAGAUUGAUCUUCAGGACCAGGACUAAGCACCCUCGAUUUAAGAGAUUUUUAUUAGCUGCUUGCUGUUUGUGACUGGACUAUAACCCCUCCCCUGCUGUGUGCGCAGUGGUCUUGCUGUUGAAAGAGGGGGGGGAAGGAAGAUAACAGAACUAAAGUUUUAUUAUAAGGCCAGUGAGCCGUAUCAAACCUCUCCAGGUGCCUUCUGCUUCUUUAGCCAGUGUUUACCAAAAAAAGAGAAACAAAUACAAGUAAAAGAACAUAAGACGUAGCAUAGUAGAAAGUGUGCAACACAAUACUGUUCUGCCUCUUUAACAUCUAUAUCUUUGCAAGACUUGGUUCACGAGUUGGGGAAAAUAUUCUGCACACGCUCUGCGAUACUUCAGCUAAGUGAGUCAAAGUGAAAGAGAGCCAUUACAAGUGCCUCAUGCGAUAUUCCUUUAUACGAGACAUAGAAUUCCCUCAAGCUCAAAAUCAGGACCCAAAGUUUUGAUUUUUUUUUUUUUUUUCCCAUUGUGAUAAUUUUUGCGUUUGUAUGCUUUCUGAUUCAAUUUUUCAGGCCCAUUUCAUUGCCCUCGACAUUUCAGAAAAAUUAUGAAAACAAGAAAACGAAGGCCUGAUCGGUCCUCAUCCCCGAGCCCUCCACCAAUCAGCAUCGAGCAUCAUGCGGAAUCUUCAUUUCAGGAGACAAAAAGAAAAAAACAAAAAACAAAAAAAGAAGAAGAAAAAAAGGGCAUUUUGAUACAGGUCUUCUAUGCAUUUUGUAAGACUUACUGAUCAAAAAUUGCGGUAGGAAUUUUUCUACCUAAGAUAUGAGAUUCGUAAUUUUGUGUACUGUUAAAAUACACAGGCAGGUUGGUGAAUUGAAACCGAUAAUUUAAAGGAGAUCCGGUGAUAAUCAGACAUGCUGUACCACCAGCUUAUGCAUUGAUCUUUACCUCAGAACUGUCUGAGCAAUAAGUGCUAUCUCUUUCUGUUCAGUGUCAUACCAAGCAAAGCUCAUCGAAAAGCUGAGUGAUAGAAAUAUGCACGGUAAAAAUCAUCUGUGAUAAAUUAAUUGGAAUGAAAUGCAUCCCUAUAGACAUACAUUUGGUAUUUUAAAAUAAUAUAGUAUUUUAUCAAAUAGAUUUUAAUUUAUUUAAAUAUUCUAAAGUUACAUAUUAUAAAUCAGACAUUAAUUUAUCACUCGAGAUCUUUACUGUGCUGUAACAUAUCAAUAAAUGCUUGCAUAUAGAAGAUCACAUGCGAGUUCUGUUGCCAUACACAGCCUGUAAGCAUUUAGCAAUUUGCGAUUCGGAAAAGUGAUACAAUGAUCUUAAGUGUUAACACUUUAAAUCAGGGCUCUUACACGAGUAUUACACAUACAUCUGAGGUGUUAUCUGAAGCUCAGAAUCCUCAACCAGCCUGGGUAUUGAUGUUGACUUUGUACCCAAUUAUCCCAUUGGCAUCAGCACGUACUGUACAGAAACUGGGAUGAGCCUUGUAAAUGUUUCGUUUCGGGUUUAUUUUUGUGAGGGGGAAGAUUUGGAUUGUUUUCCAAAACGUUAAUAGAUACUGUAGCAUUUCCCUUACUGUAGCAGAUCUUAUAAGCAAGCUUAUUGUACAUAAUUAUAGACAUUGGACAUAUCUUUUUUUUUCUCUCUCUCUCUCUCUUUUUUUUUUUUUUUUUAAAAAUCCCCCAGUGUUUCACAUAUCAGAAAUAUACAGCACUGUCGAGAUGUGCUACAUUUCAAACCGAGGUGCCCAUUGGCUUGACGAGAAGCUUGAUAUUUAAAAUGAUUCUUCUAAUUCAGUCUUGCAUGUCUGUAGUGAGUAUACUAGUUUUAAUAGCACUGGCCCUUACAAUUGAAAUCAAAAGUCCCAAUGGCAUGAUAAUGUAUUCCACAGCCCAGGAGGCCAAUCGCAAUGUUUUAUAGAACAUCUGUUGUCUGUUUCAAAUUAUUCAAAUUGUGGAAUCUGAUCUGACAGCUUGAUUGCCCCCUAGUGCCCACCAUGGUUUUUGCACAGCCCUCUUUUAUAGCCCUCUUCAUGAUGUCUUUAACAACAUAUUAAAAGCAAGAUUUAGAGAUACAAAGACCUCAAGUAUGUAGUCCACAAUGAUAACAAUUAGCAUGCCCACCAAACAUUGUCUCGCCCCGUAUAGGUUUCCUCGUACCGGAGACAGUUUAGAUCCUUAGAUGUUCAGUAGUCAGAGAUGUAGUCUCAAAAACGAGCCAUACUCUGAGCCAACCGAUAUAUGAAUAGCCUACAACAAUGCAAUGUUUUUUAUAAUAAUGUCUGCAAGGUUCCUAUCAGUGCAAAUGUGCCAUUUAAAUGCUAAUCAAUGAUGUCAUACUCUUUUCCUCUACCGAGAGAAAUGCAGAGGGGCAACGUUUGUCCCUCUGAGUUUGACGCUUUUAAAAUGUCAAAACACGAACUAAGUGUUUCAGCUUUGAAUUUUCAACUUGAAUUUGCUAUAUUGGCCUUGUAAGGAGUCAGCCAUUGUACAGAACAAGAACAAUUUUAUUUGUAAAGAGGAAAGAAAAGGAGAUGUUUUUAUAUCUAUAUUCUAGAAAUAUAGGAUAAAAGUCAGCAGGGGUGUAAAGUACUUGAGCGAUUGUACUUCAUUGUUAUGCCUAAGUAUUAUUUAAAAACUGAAUAUUUAUACUUUUGCAAAAUCACAUUUCUGUGAGGGGGAAAAAAAGUCAUACUUUUUAUUGCUUCUUACAAUUUAAUUGAGAUCUUAAGUGCAUAUUACACUGGCCAUUAUGAUGAAAUACGUUAAAAGGUUUAAAUGUUUUCCAAUUAUGGUCAUUUGUCCUUGUGAAGAGACACAAAUCUUCAUCUUUUGACCUAAAACAAUGCAUUUUUUUUGUUAUAUAUAUAUAUAUGCAUUGUUGAAGACUAAUGGGAAAACACAGUUCAGUCUGAUCAGUCUAUAAAUCAGUCUUUUCGAUACUUGAAAUAAAGCUGAAUAAAAAUGAGAAAUGUUGUCUUGGUAACUAUUAGAAAUAUAAAAAAAAACUAGUAAAUGGCAAAAGCACAUAACAAAAUUUCAAAUACUAAACAAAAUGAAAUCCAAAAUACUAAUCAGUACUAAAUAACACUGAUAUAAACAACUAUACUUGUGUGUCAAACAACAUCUUCAGCUUCUGCUUAAUUUAACGUUUAACAAUUUCAGACUUUUUUAAAAGAAGUUGUGUGUCAUAUUUCCAGAACAUUGAAAAUAUGACUAAAUGGGUUGCUCUGCACAGCUUGGGUUGUUUUGAAAUGUUUCUCUUAAAAAAGCUUAAAUGAGAAAAUGUCCAUUGUCUCUUGAUUUGAUUUCUAAAGCUAAGAAGUUGUUUACUUUUAAAUGCCAAGUAGAACUUUUGUACUUUCACUCAGAUGCGUUUUUGGCUAGAUACUGUAAAUCUUUGGCACCGUACUCAUACUUCAGUAUAAUUUCUCAGUGCUUUUUACACCCCUUUGUGCCAGACAGCUCAACCCAUGAUAAUGAAAGCAGAGGACAUUCUGUUGUAUAAAGGAAGUAACCACUGCACCAGUAGAGACCUCGCUGAGGCAGCCGCCCAGUCUGAAUUCUUGACGUGAUCUUUUUCUCCAUUGGUGCUGAUCCUCCAACUGGCUGGCUGCGGUGGCUAUUUCGCUUUCCCUCAUUCAGUGCAUAUGGAGGUCACCACUCACAAGCCAGCGGAAAGCAGUUAAAACAAUUUCAAGUCUUCGGAUGGGGCCAAAAAUUGUGUAAAGGUUCUACUUCCUUUAGCAUAAGUGUCCUCUCCUUCAUUUUGACUUAGUGUAGAAAGGACUCUAAAGUAUAGAAAAUGAGGAAGCAGGCAGCAGUGUGUUGCAGAUUUUUACCUGCCGGGUCUGAAGCGAGACCUCGAGUAGCCGUUAUUUCAGUGGCGCCCUCUACAGGGAAGAUGCUGAGUGUGUAAAUAGCAGUCCGUGAGGGGACACCUUGAACACAGAUGUACAGGUUUUUAAUUGUUGCUCUUGAUAUGUAUGAAGAUACUGUAUUGUUUUUGAAUGCAUCAACAGGGAGUUUUGAAUUAUGAAUAAUGACAUGCAGUUAAAGAAAUAAACUGAAUAAAACUAAAUAAAAGA